AUGGAGAACGAAGAAUUAAAUGAUAAAAAAAGCUCAGUUUGCCGCAUAUGCCUGGAAUAUGAUAAUGAAAUGUUAUAUUUAUUCGACUUGACUGUUAUCGAUGAAAAGGAAAAAGCAAUGGACUAUUUGUUUAAAGAGUGCACCGCAAUAGAAGUAACACAAAAUGAUAAUUACCCCCAAUUUAUCUGCCAGCAUUGUUUCGAACAGCUGAAACAGUUUUAUUUAUUCAAACAAAAAUGCUACAAAUCACUGGAAAAGUACAAAGCGAACUGUGAAAAUGUACCAUCCAUUAAAGCAGAAAAUUAUGAACAAGAAUCCUAUUCCGAAAUUGCUACUAAUUGCGACAGUGAUUCAACUGAAAUCGAAACUCUAAAAUUAUCUUGCAACGUUUGCGGGAAAUCAUUUUCAUUCGAAACCGACCUUAAAAACCACUUAAACGAAUGUUGCAGUAGAACUAAAUUGUUGUGCAAAAUAUGCGGAAAACAAUUUACCAGAUAUUCGAGUGUAAAACGCCACAUGACCACCCACACGGGAUUGAAACCCUAUUCUUGCCCUCACUGUAAUCGCAGUUUCACCCAAUCAGGAACGCUAUCCCUGCAUUUGCGAUUGCACAAGGAAUCAGUAAACCUAAAGAAACCCAAUUCGAAAACUACAAGCAACUUACACCUGUGUUCCAUUUGCGGUAAAUCAUUCAAACAAACCUCUUCGCUAACCGUUCAUCUUCGAAGACACACCGGAGAGAGGCCUUAUCCAUGCAAAAUAUGCCACAAGAAGUUUAUAUCGAGCAGUAAAUUGUCUUCACACCUGAAAAUUCAUUCCAACGAAAAGCAGUACUCGUGCAAACAGUGCCCGAAGACCUUCUCCCAGUCCGCUACUUUGAGCAAACAUUUAAGAACUCAUUCAAACACGAAACCGUACCCGUGCAAUUACUGUUCGAAACAAUUCUCGUCGUCCUAUUACAGGAAUAUUCAUCUCCGCAAGCACACAGGCGAAAAACCGUUAGUUUGUAUAAUAUGCCAAAAGUGCUUUUCGGAUCCCAAAAACAUGAAGGAACAUUUGGCUGUACACACCGGCGAUAAGCCAUUUUUAUGCGUGACCUGCGGAAAGAAAUUCAGGAGAAGCCACCAUUUAAGAGUGCACAUGGCGGUGCAUCGAUCAAAAAAACCACCACUAACACAAACAACUAUUUUUUGA